CCCAGAACCACUACCCAAGCGCCCCUUUACUAUCAUGGCGUCCUAUGAUCUCCACCAUCCAAAGCCUGAAUUCUCGGAUUCAUGCUCCCCUGUUCCUCUUUCGCAUCAAGGCAAACAGAUCUUGUAUCUGUUCCCCACGGACGCAGUCCUGUUCAUGGGGUUGUCAUACUUGUAUCCGUGGACAUCGCCUGCCAUGCUCUUCUUCGGUGCUUUAUCGUUGUGUUGAUGAUCGUCAUAGACGUGUGGUGGUGGUGGUGGUGGUGGUAGUGGUGAUGAUGAUCAUGAUCUGAUAACGACGCUCGCCGGCACGCUUUCCGUGACAAUGAG